AUGGUGAGGAACGUUGAUGACUUCGAUUUCUCCCUCCCAUCCCACCCCCAGGCCAUCUUGGAAGGCCUGCGGAGCCUGCGCUCCAAUCCGAAGCUCUCCGACAUCACGCUGCUUGUGGGUGGGCAUGAGUUCCCCUGCCACCGUGGCAUCCUGGCCCUCUGCAGCCACUACUUCAAUGCCAUGUUCACUGGCGACUUUAUUGAGAGCAUCUCAGCCCGUGUGGAGAUCAAAGAGGUGGAUCCUGUUGUCAUGGAGACUCUGAUCGACUUUGCUUACACAGGAAAGAUCACCAUCAACCAGGGGAACGUGGAGGCGCUAAUCCGGACCUCCAACCAGCUCCAUUUCUCCACCAUACGGAAAGUCUGCAGCCGCUACCUGAGACAGCAGAUGGAUGCAACCAACUGCCUGGGCAUCUGUGCGUUUGGGGAGAACCAUGGCUGCCCAGAGGUGUCCUCAAAGGCCUGGGCUUUCCUGCAGGAGAAUUUUGAGGCUGUAUCACACCAGGAGGAGUUUCUCCAGCUAUCCAAGGAGAGGCUUGUAAUCUACUUGUCCAAUGACCUGCUGCAGGUACAGGAAGAACAGAGCCUAGCUGAAGCUGUGCUUAGGUGGGUGAGGUAUGAUGAAGCAUCUAGAGCCAAGCACUUGCCGGAGCUCCUAGACCUGGUGCACUUGGUUUCACUCCCAGACCAGUACCUGCAGAACCUGCUCUCAUUUGAGCCGCUGAUCCAGGAUUCUGAAGCUUGCAAGGCUGUCAUCUCCAGAUACCGAAGCACGAGCCUACUUGCCCUUCCACAGAAGCUGGAGGAAGUGCUGGUGGUGGUCGCGGGUCGAGCUCUGGAAGAGCAUGAGGCAGAAGACGUGCAGUUGCCAGUCUCCCAGAACUUUGCCUUUUACAAUCCCAAGACCAAAAGAUGGAUGGCUCUUCCUGACUUUCCAGACUACAAUAAAUGGGGCUUUUCUCUGGUGGCACUAAAUAAUUAUGUUUAUGUCACAGGUGGCUCCAGGGGGACGCAGAAUGACACCUGGUCCACAACCCAGUCCUGGUGCUUCCGUCUCAAGGAGGGUGCAUGGAAACUCAUUGCACCAAUGCUGAAACCCAGAACAAACCAUGCCAGUGCUGUCCUCAAUGGAGAGAUCUAUGCCAUUGGGGGGACCACAGUGGACACGGUGGAGGUGGAGUGCUAUGACCCUUAUAAUAAUAGCUGGUGCCCCAUCAGCCCUGCCCUGAAGUAUGUUAGCAACUUCACUGCAACUGGAUGUCUGGGGAAGCUCUACCUCAUUGGCUCUUGUGCUGUCAAGUACAAUGCACUAACACUGCAGUGUUACAACCCUGUCAUAGAUGUGUGGAGUGUAAUCGCAUCCCCAUUCAUCCCAAAGUACCUCUCUGCCCCGCGCUGUGCCUCCCUGCAUGGAGCAGUUUACCUCAUUGGGGACAACACAAAGAAGGUGUAUGUGUAUGAUCCAGAUGCUAACAUCUGGCAGAAGGUGCAGCUGCUUCACACUCUGCAUGAAAACGGAGGCAUGGUGCCACUGGGAGGCAAACUCUUUGUGACAGGUGGACGCUGGAAGGGCCUGGAUGGUGACUACCGGGUGGAGAUGGAAGUUUAUGAUUGUGCUAAAGAUAUUUGGACAAGGGAGGGAGCCCUGCCGUGCCUCUGGCUCUACCACAGCUCUUCCUCCAUCUUCAUGGAUACAUCAAAGUGGACAGAGCCCUUCCUGGGAAACCAUGUCCAGUAGGAGAGGCUGGGACCCUCACUUAGGGCUUGAGUGGUCCUGCCCAGGAUUUGGAAGGACAAAGUGAUGGUUUAUUUGUUUGAAUUAUCACCAUUUUUGCAUGUAUUUUUGCCUUCAUGUUUCAUGUGGACCUUGGAUUAGAGCAGUGGUCACCAACCGGUAGAUCACGAUCGACUGGUUGAUCCUGGGACCUCUGACAGUCAAUCGCGA